UGAGAUUUCCUCCAAACAGCUUCAUUAUGCUACUUCAAGGUCUCUUGUUACACAACAUUUGGUUGUUGUCAUAGUUUCAUUUCCCGGUAAAACAAAGCCUAACCGGACUGCUCACUGACAAACACAGACCAGAGAUUUGAAAGCUGCAGACUUAUGCAGGAUGAUGAAGGUCUCAGGAAGAAUCCUGAUCAGCUGUUCAGCUCUGAUCCUCGUCCUGACGUCUGUAUCUGCUAUAGAAAUACUCGACUCCAUCGAUGACCUGAAGAGAAUCAACUUUGGCAGGUCUGUUCCCACUCACAGUCUUGUGCUGCUCCACUGGUUUGCCAACACAGUGACCAUCGACGGCUACAACAUGAUAAGCCUGAAUUUUGACCCAGACAAUGGUGACUAUGGCUCACAUCAUUACAGCAACUAUGAAGGGCUGCUGCCUCCAGGAAACACCAGAUACUACACCAUCGGUAACAUCUAUCAGGAGAGAGGCUUGGAACUUCCACAUCAUGUUGUCUACCCUCGGUCCGAGUAUGUAGGAAGAAACAGAGCUCGGAUCAUCGUCAGAGUCAGGAAUCAGAGAAGACAGGGUUUACAGAUAAUAGAUGAAGUCUACAUCACCCAGCAUUACGAGGAUAAUCGGGGGCCAGAUUAUGAUCCACAUCACACAUAUCUGAUCACCACCAACCUCUUAAGACAGAUUAGACAGUUUUCCAUGAAUGGAGACCAGCAGUUACUGGUGAGUCUCAGAAACCGCUUUGGGAGCAACGCUGAUGAUUCCAGGUUAAGGCUCAUCAGAAACACAUGGGGUUCCCUCGCUUGUCUCGGACUGUUGUUGUUUAUCGUUGUCCAGUCAGGGACAACAAGUGACAGAAACAAUAAUUUGGGCAAAGAUUGUGUAUUAUUCAUUCUUCUGUUAGUCUUCAUUGCUUUCAUUAUUCUAUUCAGUAGCGCAAAUAAACAACACGCAUGAGAAAGCAUGUUCCCAGGUAACACAUCUUAACCUGACUGGUGGUGCUCUUUGAUGAUUUCUAUUUUAAAGUGGGACGGAAACAGAGAAUCAAUCAAUAACAACAACUUGACGCCACUAGACGACGGUCAGGGAUUUGUUCUUCUGUUCUGUUGAAUGCUUUGCCUCAAUAUGACUUGCAUAUUUAGUCCAUUUUGGAAAUAUUGUUUAGCUAAGAUUGAAAAAAGCCAAAUAACGUCAAUGACAAACUGUGUGUCGUGUAGGGCUGAGGGUCUUCAAGGGUUCAGUUAGGACCAAAGUAGAAGAAACUAGUAAAACAUAUUUUUCUUGUCAUGAGAUGAGGAAGUCAUCAGAAUGUCAAAGUGGCAUCGUAUUUACCUGCAGACUCUUAUGCACAAAAUAUAACAGAAUCAGAGAAAACCAAACAACACAGCAGUUUAUGUUUGAUUAAAAUACGAAGGAGAAUGUGUUGGGUGGUCAACAACCUGAUUAUAUAGAGCUUCCUAGAUAAACAGAAGCAGCUUUUCUUUAGCAUAAAAGUACUUUAACUCUGCAAAAUAGUUCUUCUUGGAUAUGAUAAUACACUCCUCUGGUUUCAGUUCUGCAAUAAUGUCUAGUCAUCGUGUCUGAUCUAGUAGUAGCGCUGAUUCAUGCUUUGUUUGAGAGAUGAAGAGAAAAGAAACUGUUCUGAUGGAUAAAAGACAAAAAUCUGUGUUAGGAUUAAUAGUUAGUGAUUGUGUUUUAAUUAUGAUUUGUACUGUUGAAAAUAGCAUUUCUAAUAAACCACAAUUUAUUGGU